CCUUUGUAAAUGGGCCGGCGCAGCCGUUGGUGCGUUCGGACGCUGAGAGCGUCAUAUAGGGCCUCCCCUUGCCACCCUCACAAAAUCUCGCGCUGUCUUCCCGUUCCCCUACCUUCCCGUCCCCUUGCCCUUUCCGUUUCCCGCCUCCCCCAACCGCAUAGAAUGGCCGGCUCCGGCGGCUCUCCCGACGCCGACGAUCCCAAUUGCGGCGGAGCUGGGGCUGAGCCCUCCAGGACUCCUCAAGAAUCCGACGACUGCUACUCCGCGCCCGCCUCCCCUCUCAGCACUCGCCCGUCCGGUCAGCCCCCGGGGACCUCGGUCGUCGCCAACGAGGGCUCCGCCUCGUCCUCCGCCACGGGAUCUGAUGAAGACGACGUGCCCACAGACAGGUACAAGAACCCCGCCGCCGCUUCCUUCCUCUUGGGACCGUCGAGCAGCACCAUGGGAGCGUCCUCCUCCUCCUCCUCGGACAGCUGGAUCGGCAGCGACCGUACGUGCGGCGGCGCCUCGACCUCCAGCUCUCUGGACGCCUCCAACUACAGGGAUCUCUACAGGGAUCCACCCUCUGAGUGGAUGUAUAAUCAGAUUCUGGAAGCUCCUUUUUGGAGUCACGAGGCAUGUGAUGCUGCGAGGGCUUCUUGGAGAAACGAGUACGAGGCUUGUGAUGAUUUUUCUAUGGUUUUGCAGACAUCACAAAAUGGCUGCAAAAAAAUUCUUCAAAAGGAACCUUUAUCAUCUCUACCGCAUGAGUUUGAAAACGAAAUUAUGAAAGAUAAGGCAAAAAAGCUUUCGGCUAAUUACUCUGAAUAUCGGAAAGUACCUGGAGACGGGAGUUGCUUUUACAGAUCGUUCAUAUACUCAUACCUGGAGCAGCUUGUGAAAGUAUCUCACGAGGAGGAGCUACGUUUACUUGGUGCACUUGAAACUAUGUGGGAGAAGUUCCAAAGGCUUCGUUUGCCCGGUUCAUAUUCAGAUCUUCGUGAUGCUUUUGUGGGCUUUAUACUGGAAUGUAUGGAACAAAAACAAAAACUGUCAGUAAGUGCCUAUCAGGAGUGGCUUUUCCAGGAGAGUCAAAAUGAGCAGAAGUUUGCGAACAUGCUUUUGUAUCUUCGACUUGUGACAGCUAUUGAGAUAUGCACUGAGGUUGAACAGUUUAAGGCAUUCAUAGCCGACCUUGAUCAAGGAAAGCCCGAUGCAACAAAGUACUGCCUGGAGGAGGUUCUCCCAGUGGAGGAAGAUGCACAACAAGUGAAUCUCACUGCGCUCACCAAUGUCCUACAGGUGCCACUUCGAGUUGUUAACAUUGACGUUUCACCGAUUGAGGAGCCUAACAUCCACAUCAUCUACGAGUCACCAGAUUCCUCGGUUCCUACUGUGACACUACUUUAUAGACCAGGGCAUUAUGAUAUCAUCUACGAGAAGUCAUAGCUGUAGAUUGUAGUAACAGAUAUCAUAUGACAUGUUGCAGGAGAGUUGCUGGCCGCGUUGCGAUAUACUCUAUACAUGUAAAUAACUCUUGUUGUGUACAUCAGCUGCACAUAUGCACUAUUACUGUUUUC